AUGAGUACAGAAAACUUUCGUUUUUACAUCAAAACCCGUACUGCACUUAAUAUUCAAGCAAGAAUUAUUCAUGAUGAAUUGUAUUCUGUUUAUGGUGAUCAAGCUCCUUCUCUUAGAACAGUGGAAAGAUGGUCCAAGUUAUUUCGUGAUGGUCGAGAAGAACUUGAAGAUACAGCACGACCUGGUAGACCUAUCACUGAAACAACAUCUGAAAACAUCGAACAGAUUCGUCAGCUUAUCGAUGAUGAUCCUUUUCUUACAAUAGAAGAGUUACAAGAGCAAACUGAUUUAAGUUACGGUACGAUUCAUCGAAUCAUCACCAAUCAUUUAAACCUUAGGAAAAUUACCGCACGUUAUAUACCGAAAGAUCUUACUGAUUUUCAACGGGCUGAACGAGUUCGAAUAUGUAAAGAAAACUUAUCAAAAUUUCAACAAGGAACAUGGCGAUUAUGUGACAUAAUUACUGGUGACGAAUCGUGGUUUUAUCAUAAACAGAUUGGUCGAAAGUCGUCAAAUGCAGCGUGGGUGAGAAGAGGAGAUCCUCCACCUACUGUAGUUCGUCAAAGUAAGUAUGCUCCAAGGACCUUAUUAGCCAUCUUUUUCAAGUCGAACGGUCCUCUGCUUAUUCAUCGUUUGGAACGAGGACAGACUAUGGACCAUCGUUAUUAUAUUGAUAAUUGUUUACGUCCUCUUAUCGAUGAAAUUAAACGUCAAAGACCUUCAUGUGGAACCCAUGACUAG